AUGAUUGGCACCAUCUAUCUAUCUAUCUAUCUAUCUAUCUAUCUAUCUAUCUAUCUAUCUAUCUAUCUAUCUAUCUAUCUAUCUAUCUAUCAUUUGUACUUCCGUCCAUUCAUUUAUAUUGAACUUUUUCCAUAUUUACGAUUCAAUUUAUAUAUUUAUAUAUUUUUGGACUGUAACAUCUAUCUAUCUAUCUAUCUAUCUAUCUAUCUAUCUAUCUAUCUAUCUAUCUAUCUAUCUAUCUAUCACUUGUACUUCCGUCCAUUCAUUUAUAUUGAACUUUUUCCAUAUUUACGAUUCAAUUUAUAUAUUUAUAUAUUUUUGGACUGUAACAUCUAUCUAUCUAUCUAUCUAUCUAUCUAUCUAUCUAUCUAUCUAUCUAUCUAUCUAUUUAUUUACGAUUCAAUUUAUAUAUUUAUAUAUUUUUUGGACUGUAACAUCUAUCUAUCUAUCUAUCUAUCUAUCUAUCUAUCUAUCUAUCUAUCUAUCUCAGUCUGUUCAUAUCUAUCUAUCUAUCUAACUAUCUAUCUAUCUAUCUAUCUAUCUAUCUAUCUAUGUCUAUUCAAGUCUAUUUAUCUUCCGUCCGUUCAUUUAUAUUUAAUCGUUCCAAUGAACAAGAAAAACUGUAAUAACUUUCUAUUUACGUACAUUUAUUUAAAUAUAUCUAUUUCUGACUGCAAUAUCUAUCUAUUUAAGAACAUUUUAAGUAUAUCAAUUUUAAAUACACCUGUCUUGGACUGCAAUAUCUAUCUAUUUAAGAACAUUUUAAGUAUAUCAAUUUUAAAUACACCUGUCUUGGACUGCAAUAUCUAUCUAUUUAAGAACAUUUUAAGUAUAUCAAUUUUAAAUACACCUGUCUUGGACUGCAAUAUCUAUCUAUUUAAGAACAUUUUAAGUAUAUCAAUUUUAAAUACACCUGUCUUGGACUGCAAUAUCUAUCUAUUUAACGAAUAUUAUCUAUCUAUCUAUCUAUCUAUCUAUCUAUCUAUCUAUCUAUCUAUCUAUCUAUCUAUCUAUCUAUCUCUCUCUCUCUCUAUAUAUAUAUAUAUAUAUGAACGUGCUAUCUAUUUCUUCAAAAUAGGCAAGAAAUAA